UCCUCCAAGUUUUUCAAUGAAAUUUGUUGAUCGUUUUCCAUCACUUGAACAUAUUGAACUUCAAGUUAUUUCGUUCGACGAUUGUGUGGCUAUUAUCGAUACAUUUCUUAAUCAUCUGAAAAAUCUAUCAUAUCUUAAAAUUAAUUAUUUUGAAGAUUCACCACUUGAUGAUCCAUUUUCACUUGAAAAUAUUAUUGAAAAACGUCGUCAAGCAUUUCCAAUGAAUAUUAUUGAUGAACAACUUAUCAAUGUCAAAAACGAUGAAGAAGUUAUACAGAUUUGGUUAAAAUGA